AUGAAAGAGGUUAAACAACUCAACCUGGCACAUAAUCUCUGUGAUGUGACCGUGCGUAAUAUUGUCGAAUGUAUGUCCAUGAUACGAAUGGCUCGUUGGAACGCAUCAUCAAACGUUGACCCUGCACCCCAAGCAACAUUGCCUGUCCAAGUGAACUGGCUGCUCCGCUUGUUGCGUUAUCUAUUGAUCGAGGGCUCAAUAUGCAUGACACUACAAUUGAUGCAACAUUUGUGGAACGGAAUGCUUGGGUUGAUUCCAGAGGAUGCGGAAGAGGGAACAGUCAGCCCGCCGCAGGCUGCAUUGGUUUCUGUCGAGGAUCGUGAAAUGUGUUUCAAUUGGUUUAGUCAAUUACCCUCAAAAGCGAUCAACCCGGACGAUUUUCGCACCUUCUUCGACCAAAAUAUCGUCAAAGUUGAUCCUGUUAAUCUGACUUCUUCCGGGAUGAAACUUUUCCAGAACUUUUUCUUUCAAAUUAAUCUGAGUAAUGGGAUUAUACCGGCUGAACUAGUCGUGAUUGGGUCUGGUUCACAGUUCAAAUAUCUCAUGGAUGAUGCCCAGUUGCAUGGGAUUGAACACAUUUGGCGGAUGCUGUUGGACUCUCCUACCUCAGUGGCUGCGCAAGCCAUGGAAUUACUUCAGCAACUGUACAGUAACUUCAGUCCACGACUCGUUCCGCGUCGGAAAGAAAUCAUUGAGGACUUACUUCAAACGUGUUUCUCUCGACUAAAAUGUGACUACGAUACGGUGGCACAUACUCUUCAUCGUCACAGUGCUUGGGUAGGAUCUUCGUUUUUCUUCUCGGUUACCUAUUAUUCCCCUAUGAAUGAAACUCGCAGUCCAAACACACACAUUGACCCACCCGCGCAAUCCCGGUCACAUGUUGAUCCAUCCUCGUCCAUGUCUGACACCAUUCUAUUCCCGGCUCACGCCAAUAUGACGAUCGGUGAGCUUCGCGCACAACUCUUGGCUCUACGACUGCCGUCAUUGUGCGGUCGUGCGAAUCCACCUCCGUCAUCCCAGUCCAUGAUCCCAACGACCGAUCUGUAUCAUCCAAAUGUUCCACUCGAGUCAAUUGAUUCCAGAGCCACAGACCUUGGAUCACAAAACUAUAAAUUAGAAUUAUACGCUAAUCCGGCACGAGAACCAACUAAUCCCUCCGCGACUACCACCGGAUUCCCUUUAGGUGGUGUGCUGAUUGACCCUGCGGCGGAUGAGAUGCCUGUGCUUUGUUUAUUGACUUUUUUUCACGAGUGGCCAGGUAUAUUUCUCAAAGAGCCAAGUCUCGAUCGGGUCUUGAAUCACGAAGAAAUUCCUCCACGAUUAUCGCUAGUCGCCAACGUGGUCCUUGUAGCUCCUCAGUUGUCGUACGACUUUUAUGUGGAUGGACUGAGAAGUUGUUUGCGCAAGGAACCGACGGAUCAUACAAUACUACAGCAACAAUACCAUGAACAACAAAUGCCACGCCCCACACAACCACCAACCGGCAGUGAAACCCAGAACUCUCAUGUACCAGAUUUGACAAACCCGGAGGUUGUACCAACCACGUCUGAUCAGGUUCCCCAAUUCUCUACUUCCGAUGUCCCUGCCGGCGCUACUGGUAUAGUGAACAAUUUGGCCAGUAUUUCAGUCACAGACAAUUCUCCUAAUCAGAACCGGACAGACAGGGACGGUCCUUCUAGACCGGCCUCUUCCGACAGUUUUGAAUUCAAUUCGUCCGCACAGCGUUCCCAAUUUCUACUUCAACUGGCCAAGGUUGCCAUGGAAUUGAAUAGUGAUCAGUUGUUCUCUAGUGUGCUUGAUGUUCUCCUCUGUCUUCCUGCUCCGGAGUCUCUGAUUGAAAGACUACAAUCAGAAAUUGCCACCGCUGCUCUUGCCGCGGUGCCCCGUAUCAGGAAACUGACAACCGACGAAGUUGGUGCUCAACUGACCAAGUCACCCCUCCAGGAAACGUAUCUGGAAGACCUUUUAUCCGCUAAACACAUAGACAACGAUCAACCGCCGACCACGGAAGAUAUGAGUCGUCUCAUGGAGCUCUAUUAUGCCCUACAGGUGUUAUACUCUUUGUGCCUGCCGACGGCUGCGAUCACGCAAUGUCAUGACAUGUUCGCCUUAGUCUCGAAUGAUUCCCGAACACUGUCGCAACAGAGCGUGUUUCACAAGCUACCCCUAUGGUACAAUGCAAGCCAAUUGACGGUUCAUUUCCUUCGUGCGGGCGGUCUUUCACUAAUAAUGUCCUGUCCAUUGCUCAGUCCUCGUCCUCGGGACAAGGAGCGCUCAACAACUGGGAGUGACGUCGUGUAUCAAACCAUCGUAGACCUGAUUCGCUUGUGGCUUGUACGGUUAUUAAGACUCCUUUUGACCAUGUGUGCCUUUACCCUGGUUGCGUUGCGCCCACAACCCCAUAUGCAACCUAAGAACAACUGUGGUAUCUACGAAAGUGGCAUCCAACUGGAGACAACCACAACCGCACCUGAUCCCUGUACCAGUCCAGCUGUCUCAGUUCCAGAGGAACAUAGCUCAUCUGUGCUCACCCAACGAGUUAUACACUUGUGUGACUCGUUUAAGUCACCAGUCCGGGUUAAUAAUCCAGUCACUGGAGGUGGAUUCUUUCUUGUACGUCACUCGGACUGGGUCAGCCGUGUGGCCGUCUCACUGGGAGUAAGUUUUUUCUGCUCGAAUAACGUUUAUCAGCAAUUUCUAUUCAUUUUGGGUUCUUUGCUUUAUAUCAUUCGCCGUUUUUGUUUAAUUUUUUUAUGUGUCGGUAAAAUGAAUUGGGUCACACCGAAAUGA